UUCGUAGCACAUCAAGUCUCUGAGAGAGGACCUCCCCAUCACUCCUCCUUUUUUGCUUGUGUGCGUGUCCUCACCGAACAUUCAAAACUGUUUCUCCAAAGGGUUUUCCAAAAACUCAGACUGUUUUCCAAAGCAGAAGCACUGGCGUCCUCAGCAGAAGCGAUGGGCAGCGUGCGAACCAACCGUUACAGCAUCGUGUCUUCUGAAGAAGACGGCUUGAAGUUGGCCACCAUGGCAGUGGCCAAUGGCUUUGGGAAUGGGAAGAGUAAAGUUCACACUCGCCAGCAGUGCAGGAGCCGCUUUGUAAAGAAGGAUGGCCACUGCAAUGUUCAGUUCAUCAAUGUAGGGGAGAAAGGACAACGGUACCUCGCAGACAUCUUCACUACCUGUGUGGACAUCCGUUGGCGGUGGAUGCUGGUUAUCUUCUGCCUAGCUUUUGUGCUCUCGUGGCUGUUUUUUGGUUGUGUGUUUUGGUUGAUUGCUCUGCUCCACGGGGAUCUGGAUGCGCCUAAAGAGAGCAAAGCUUGUGUGUCAGAGGUGAACAGUUUCACAGCCGCCUUCCUCUUCUCCAUUGAGACCCAGACCACCAUAGGCUAUGGCUUUCGAUGUGUCACAGAUGAGUGCCCCAUUGCCGUCUUCAUGGUGGUGUUCCAGUCCAUCGUGGGCUGCAUCAUAGAUGCCUUUAUCAUUGGCGCUGUCAUGGCCAAGAUGGCCAAGCCCAAGAAGAGAAACGAGACUCUUGUCUUCAGUCACAAUGCUGUGAUCGCCAUGCGGGAUGGCAAGCUAUGUUUGAUGUGGCGAGUGGGCAACCUCCGCAAGAGCCACCUGGUGGAAGCUCACGUGCGGGCACAGCUACUCAAGUCCAGAAUCACAUCGGAAGGGGAGUACAUCCCCCUGGACCAAAUCGAUAUCAAUGUGGGGUUUGACAGUGGAAUUGACCGCAUAUUUCUGGUGUCCCCCAUCACGAUAGUCCACGAAAUAGAUGAAGACAGCCCGUUGUACGACUUGAGUAAACAGGACAUUGACAAUGCAGACUUUGAAAUCGUCGUGAUCUUGGAAGGCAUGGUGGAGGCCACGGCCAUGACAACACAGUGCCGCAGCUCAUACCUGGCCAAUGAGAUUCUUUGGGGCCACCGCUAUGAGCCUGUACUCUUUGAAGAGAAACAUUACUACAAAGUAGACUAUUCCAGGUUCCACAAGACUUAUGAAGUCCCCAACACGCCCCUUUGUAGUGCCAGAGACUUAGCAGAGAAGAAAUAUAUCCUCUCCAAUGCUAAUUCAUUUUGCUAUGAAAAUGAAGUGGCCCUCACCAGCAAAGAGGAAGAUGACAGUGAGAAUGGAGUUCCAGAGAGUACCAGUACAGACUCACCCCCUGACUUAGAUCUACACAACCAGGCAAGUGUACCUCUGGAGCCCCGACCCUUGAGACGAGAAUCUGAGAUAUGACUGACUGAUUCCUUCUCUGGAAUAUUUGCUUUCAACACAGUCUGUUGGUCAAUGGCCCAGAAUAGUUAUUCCGACGACAACGACGAAGACGGUACUGGUGAAGAGGUGGGUCAAGAUGUGUGACCACAGGGACUGAGGCAGGCACAAAGGUUUCAAAGAAAGACUGUGAGCUCGAAGAUGAAUGAAAAGCCCAAAGCAAGCCUCCCUGUGACCCUAGGGUACAGGAAGGUUGUAGAAUAAGUUAUGGGGUGUUUGUGUUGUGUUUUGUGUUUUUACAAAACUUGAACUUGCAGGCAAGCCAUGGUGGAGUAUUUGAUUUAUCCAGAAUGCUUCUCUUUAGGGAACAAGAAUGUUUUUAAUGGCAUAACAAAGGCAAGAUUCUGCCUUAAUUUUUUGAAAAGCUGCUAACUACAUGAACACAAAUUGUAUUUUUGUUGCAGUGUAGUUUUUUUUUUUUCUUGUAAUUUAAAAGUCAGUGUUGAACUUUGUUGAAAGCUCAUGAGAUGCGCUUCAAAGUGGCAAGUAUUUUGGCUAUUAGUUGCCAAAAACGAGAGCCUGAUAUUUUUGAGGCCAGUAAUUUGUUUGCUAGAAUUGAUUUUUCCCCCCUUCCUUUCUUUAGUUACAUAAGGGCAUUAUGUAACACUAGCCAAAUGGUAGCCUCCGGGUUUUUUUUUAAACUCCCUACAUAAUGUUGAUGGAUUAUCUCAAAUUUUAAGUUAGACUACCUAAAAUAAAUACCAAAGAUAAUGCACAUUUUUGCACAGUGAAGCUUAUACUAAAAAAGGAAAGAAGUCCCCACCGCUGCCUUGAAAUUAAGAGAUGAUAACCGAACCUCAGCAAGAUUUUGAACUGUUCUCUCCUUUUGCACCUUAUUCAGAAGCUAGAUCACACAGAGCUAGUAGUGUAGUGCUUUGCAAAUGUGGUUCGUCCAUGCAACUUUUGUAUUAUAGGAAGUGAAAUUUGCAGACACACACAUCAUCUCUUUUCCUACGUCAGGUGGCCAAGCUAAUACAAAGAAAGCGAGGCAUCACGUGCUCUUAGAUUUUUCUAGGUUUUCCCCUUUUCACACAUUCCAACAUGUAUUCCUUAAAGACCCCAGUAGAAUGGAUUCAGCACCCUCAAAAUCGAGCCACCUAGCAUGAUCAAUAAAUAGGUGCAGAUUCUUGGGGCUAAAUAUGUAACUGUGGCCCCUGGGACAUGUCCUUCUUGACCUUGUCAAAGAGGCACCAUGUCUGGACUCAGGUCUGGGCAGGCUCUCUGAAGAGAGCCUUGGUUUCUCUGCAACGAGACUUGCAAGUAUGUGACCUGGCUAAGUUAGAGGGGCAAAUGCAGACAUGUCACUUUAAUAUAGCCCAUCAGCUCAAGUAUUUGGGAGGGUCAUUUUCUGUUUCAUGGUUGAGGGAAAAAUGGAAAAAAAUUUCAGUAUUUGAGUCAAUGGGAUUGAUUUAGAGUUGACCCAGUAACAGCUAAAGGCCAUGAGGGCAUAAAAUGGUGACCGCUGUGUGUCUGCAAACUCACUGUGGAAUCUUAGCUGGCUCCUGUUUUCUCCAAAAUGCAGGUUACUAAGCACACAUUCACAGAAACCUCUCCUCUGCAUGGCUGCCCAACUUGCUAGAAACACAUUUUUGGGGGUGGGGAGAGUCUUCUCAAUCAUGGGACUGCUUUUUUGGUACCCUCUUUGUGAAUUCGGGGGUUGCUGACUUUUGUUUUUUGAAUUGGAGUCUCAAAUCAACUCUCUGAUGGUAUUAUAUCCCUGUAUGCCAUUAAAAAACAACUUGUUCUAGAAUCCUGUAUUUUGUCAUUGAAUGUCUGUGAGGGUCUCUGGUUCUCAAUCAGCCAGAUGGGAAUGUGGAGCCUGUGAUAUUGAGCACAAGUUCUGCUGUUCUUAGCCUUCAAAGUCUCUGGGUUUGAAGACCGGGGCAUUAUUUCCAUUGAAAACAAGAGAGAGCUGUCAAGCGAGGGGAUGCUAUUUUGAAUCCAAAUUUGAUGGCAGAUUUAGGAAGUUACUUAGAGAUUUUGAGAAACUGGGAUGGAGGGGAUGAGAGAAUUUACACGAGAGGCAACACUUCGGCCGCAGACAGUGAGAAGGAUGGUGAAGCUUUCAGCUGCUGCUAUUUUGAUAUUUUGCAAAGGAAAAUAAUCAAACCAAAGAGUAUUCAGUGAUAAGUUAAUUAAGUGAAGAGACAGUGGAAAAGAGGGGUGACCACAGAGAGGGUCUCCCCAACACACAGUGCUGCCACCCCCUGAAAAAACAACUUUAGAUAUUUGAAAAGAUGGUGGGUGUGGGGGCAAGGAGGAGGAUGGGGAAUUUUUCAAAUUCUUUCUGAAAAAGAGAAAAAAAUAAAAUUUCUGGUGCACAGGUUUGUUUUUUUUUUUCAAGAAAAUUUUGCAGAAGCUAUGUUUUUAAAGUGUACAUUUUAUAAAGUUUAUCAGAUAUUUUCAUAUUUAAAGCCAAAUGUAAAUAGAACUCUGUAAAGGAAAAAAAUUGCCAUAGAAAGUAUCAUUUCAGUGCAGCAAUUUCUGAGAGCUAGUACCUAUAUGCUACUGGUUAGCAUGGUUUUAGCAAAUAUUUACCAGCCUUAUAAGGCUUGUAUUGCUGUGUUAUUCUGUUAUUUAUUUCAGCAUGGACUGUUCAUUUGAAAGCUUUUUCUAGUUAUUCGUAUUUUAACAAUUAGAAGCUUUAAAUGGCAAUUUUUUUAGUCAAGAGCCAAGACAUAGGUAAUGCACAAGAUUUUGCUGCAUUUUACCUUAAAUACAUUUGUCCUUAUUGACUGGGUCUCCUUAUAUUAGUACACAAGUCGUUAGAACACAGAUUCAAGAGACUCUCCAUAAAUAACCUGGGGUUUAUUCCUGGAUAUGUGUUGCUUCUCUUAUUGCAAGCAAAUCCCCAUUGAAUUUACUUAGGAAUUAUCCUGUUAAAGAAGUUUUGCCCAUAUCUGAAUGGGCAUUAUAUUUUGGGGAGGAGGUAUAUAUUCCUGGUUAUCCUAUUUUUUUUAAAGGUAGACAAAGUGAAUUCUAUUUUGAUUAUAGAGAAAGGAAUAGUUUUCUAUCCCUCUUAGUGUAUACUUGAAUCUGACAUUUUAAGGAUGUCAUGCUAGCACUGUAGUCAUUUCCAAAUUUCUGGAGAAAGUUUGUUUCACCUUUUCUAAAAAUUCUAUUAAUGCAUUUUUCCCUCCCCUUGAGUUCCUUUCUUCCUGAACAACUUCUAUCUCAAACCUCGAUGUGUUUUUGUUGUUGUUAAACUCCAACCCCCAAAUCAUGUUACAAUUGCAAAUAAUAAAUGUCUGUUCAUAUAUUAUUAUAAGCCGCCCCAUCCAGGCAAAACAUUUGUUCUGAGAAAUAAGAGUGGGUUCUAUUUCACUCUGUGUUGUAUAACAUGAAGGUGAGAAAAAGAAAGUGUUGUAUAGUCACCUUCUCACUCCCAACUAGAAUCUACGUUUUAGUGAUACUGGGUUCAGCUCCGGGUUCAGGCAAGUUGAACAAUUCUGAACUUCGACAAUCAUGAUAGUUAUUAUUUUCCCAUUUGCUGUCUUUUUGUAUCUAAAGUCUUCCUAUUGUACUGCACAAACCAUGGAUUGUACAUAUUUUUAUAUAUUAUGUCUUAUUUUAUUAUUUCUAAAUAAAAAUUAAAAAUUAAAACCAAAUUG